UUAGUUUUGUCUGUUUUAAACUGUCAAAGUAGUGUGUGUAAAAAAAGUGUUGGAUUUUAUGUUAUAACUAAUUCUAUUGUUUGUUGUGGGUUUUAUUGCGUACUGUUAGCUGCCUUCGUCGUCGUUAAUAGCAGAGUCCAAUAUGUCAUCCGACAAGGAGGCUGAAGUUCUUGAAGAUGUCCCUAUAGGGGAUUCUACAUUUACCAAAGAAAAAACGCCAAGUAAAGACUCAACUUUUUUAAAAGACGAACGUUCCAUCCGUACUUCCUUAAACUCAACUCAUAGUCGCUCUUUUUCAAGUUCUGAAGCAGUGUCUGGAUACAGCGAUAUUGUUAACAUACUGGGAGAUGUGCUGGAUCAUGUGAAUAACAAGAUAAAUACUCCGUCUGAACCUGUGAAACGCAAUACGCUUGAAGAGGUUGGUAACAAUACUGUGAUCUUAAACAAAACAAUGGAUUUGUGUGCACCCGAGAUUAGAAAUAGUGCCCCCAUGACCGGAAAGGAAAAUCUGUGUGAUCAAACAAUUACCAUAACUGAGGCACCAAUUAUUGAUAGUAGUAUUCUGAGCCUUCAUAAUGAAACAACAGACAACAUUGUUGAGACACUUAAUGAAACAUUCCCUAAAUUGGAACAUUUAAUAUGUAAAUCUCAAAAAAUCCAAGAAGUUACAUCAUUAGAGGAACACAAAAUUAACACCACUGUGGUUGUCGAUCUGAGUGAAACUACAAAUGUUGACAAAACGGACUUUGUUUCUUCAGACACAGAAAGUUUAGAGAAUGUUUCGUUGCGUGCUGAAGCACACAAUGAAACAUUCUCUCAACAACGUGUGGUUAAAGCUGAUGUGCUUCUUGAUCUGAAUGGAACUAGAGAUGAAAAACUCAGUCCAGUAUUCGCGAAAGACAAUAUUGAAGAAAUUGUUAAACUGACUGGAAAUAUAGAUUUUGAAAAGGAAGACCGUGUAGCGCUAGGUAGUCCAUCUCUUGCGGUUUAUGAUUUGUGUGAAACCUCAGAAGAGGACUCCGUUUUUGAAGAACUCGACGAAACAUUACCGGUAGAAGACACGAUUGAACUUAUUGAUCUGACUGAGACUAUAAAUAGUGAAGAAACGACAGUAAAAGCACUCAAUGAAACAUUCCCGAAAAAAGAUCUAGAUAAAACAACGCAAGUCUCAUUUACUUGUGACUCGAGUGAAACUACAAAAACUGAAGCUCUCAAUGAAACCUUCUCAAAGGAGAAAAGUUUGUGUGAAACAGUAAAAGUUGAAACUGAGACACCACUUGACCAAGUAGAUGACAUAAAUGAAAACUCUGACGAAUCUGUUGUAAGUUGUGAUGAAACAAGGCUGUUAAGUUCUUCAAAUUCAGAAGCUCACGACGAAUCGUCGCCUUUAAAACAUGGCAUAACCCAAUCAAAUCAGCAAACUCAACCUAACGAUAAUAUAAAAGCUGAAAAUACUUUCCUAGUUGGCGAGACUGACAAUAUCACAACCCGCUCAGAUUUGGAGGACUCGUGCCGAGAAAUUCAAUUCUGUGACGCUUUGUCUUGCUCCACUUUCGAAAAUCACCAGGAAUCAGUGGUUUCGUCCCCCAGUGUCCAGUCAGCCACGAUUGAAACAGUUGAUUCGUCUGAUAAACAGGGAGAUGUCGCAAUACAAGAACAACCCGUCAAAUGUCGCAAAUCGAUAAUAAAUUUGAUGCGUUCCAAACUAGCAGACCUAGAGCCUUAUAGUCCUUGCCGCCUAGAGUUAGCUGCAGCUUUUGAUAAUUUAAAAAUUAACACCACGGCAGAGGAAAGUUUCCUAAGUUGUGAAGAGGCUUCUCUCAUUGGCGAUUCUCUUAAUAACGACGAACCAAUGGACAUCUCACCAGAAAAUCCACAUGUAACUAAGACUGUGACGGACUUUGAAAAUUCUGUAGUCAUGGAAACCACCGAAAAUGACAAUAUAAGAACAGAAAAAGAAGUGAAUAGUGCGGCUCAACUAAAUCCCCAAAAUAAAUCCGUGUCAAAUAUUUUUGAAUCGACCCCAAAAGAAAGUACUGAGUGUCCUGCGCUAGUAAUUGAAGAUGUGUCGGAUAUCACACAGCCGGAGAAAAUAAUGCCGGAAGUUGAUGUCGAUACCAGUGGUAAUAAUGACGCAGCGUCACAACCAAACAGUGGAAAUUUAAAUGUACACAACACUUUCACGGCUCCAAAAGGACCUAGGAGGAGUUCGGGAAUUACAAUAAGCUCGAUGAACUUUGGAAAGACUCCAUCGCCGGUUAAGCAACAUUUGAACUAUCUAGACGAAGAAUAUAAAAACGCUUUAACAGAGUCUCCAUCAGUCUCGGAAAGAAAAAAGCCACAGUAUGAGAGAUACCUCACAUUGAAACUAGAAAUUAAUCAUUUGCAACAAGACAUAGCGAAAUUAACUCUGGAACUUAAACAAAAAGAAGGUGAUAUUAUGCGAUUGUUGCCACAAAAAAUAAAGUUUCCACCGGUGACACGCAAGACACAGAUUACAAAUACACUUCCAGAAGGGGGCAGCUGGGAUAAAGAAAAAGCAUCCCUAGAAGAAGAAAUAGAAAAACUGCGUGAAACUUUAGACGAAAGAAAUAAAGAACAAGUUGAAUUUUUAGAAAAGAUAAAGAUGAUUGAAAAUGAGCUUGCAGUGACGAAGAAAGAAUCUGAUUUAAAUUUAGAGAAACGUAGAGAUGCUGAGGAAAAACUUGACAAGAAUGAGGCGACAGUUAAAGAACUACAGCAAUGUUUGAACGGAACUAACGAUAUACUCACCGAGGCGUUUUCAAAGUUACACCAGACCCAGGAAAACUAUGCCCGCGAAAAAGAAAAACACGAAUCUACUAAGAGUGCACUUCGUGAGAUUAUUGGUAAAUACGAGGAAGCCAAACGCAUAGUACUAGCGAUGAAAGCAAACGAAAUUGUGUAUGAAGACACCAUAGACAAACUGAGGUCUGAGAAAGAGGAUUUUCAUAAAACGUUCGAGAUGUUUAAGAAUUCGGCGUUACAAACAAUCGAGGCGGCGAACAAGGAAGUUGCAAAAGUCAAGGCUGAGUGUAUAAAUAAAAAUGUGCAGAAGAAAAAUUCCAAGCAUCAUUAGUGUAUUUAAACUUUUGUAUUAUUUAUGUUUUAUUUUGGCGUUCUGUAUUUUUUCACGUUUAAUAUAAUACAUCAUUUUCUUACAA